AAUAGCAUGGAGAAACGGGGAUAUUAGUAUGCGAGAGCAGAAGAUCCCAGUACAGUGUAAAAGUGGAGGAGUGUGCGAGAGGUGACCCACCACUGUUGAUUCAUUCAUUCAAUGACCGACUCAUCGUCAGAAUCAUCCUACACUCUCUAUAGACAAUGUUUCACACUCUCAGAUUGAGCACCAGGUCCUCCCUCACACGACUAAUCGCCGCCGCCGCCGGCACAAGCGCCACCGCAACCACCAGAAUCCCCGUAUCCGGAAGAGUUGCUGUCGCUGCUAGUUGUGGUGGUGCAGAAGCAGCACAACCCCAGCAGCAGCGGCGGCGGCACAAGUGCAGCGAAGUCGGAGGAGGAGGAGGAGAGUACGAGAACAUAAGGGCGGACGUGAACUGUCCCCGAUGCUCGAAGCAAAUGGCGGUCCUGUUCUCGACCCGACCGCUGUCGAUUACGGGCCGAGAGACGGGGGUUUACCAGGCCGUGAAUCUGUGCCCCAAUUGCAACACCGCCUUCUAUUUCAGGCCAUCCAAGCUCCUCCCUUUGCAAGGCACUUUCGUCGAGAUUGGUAGGCUUAAGGCGCCGCCCACUCAUCAUUCCACUUCCCAUUCCGAUUCCGGUUCCGGCCAGAAAGACCUCUUGACUCCCAAGGAGAUACGUAAGGCUCUUGAUGACUUUGUUAUCGGCCAAGAAAGAGCCAAAAAGGUGCUUUCGGUUGCGGUUUAUAACCACUACAAAAGAAUACGGCAUUCUUCCCAACAGAGAAGGUCUGGUGUAGAUUCAGUUGAUUGUAAACCUCACAGUGUUGAUACUGAUUCUGUUGAGUUGGAGAAGAGCAAUGUAUUAUUAAUGGGUCCCACUGGUUCAGGGAAGACUUUACUUGCAAAAACACUAGCCCGUGUUGUGAAUGUUCCGUUUGCCAUUGCUGAUGCAACAACAUUAACACAGGCAAGUUAUGUUGGAGAAGAUGUGGAAUCAAUAUUGUAUAGACUUCUUACGGAAGCUGAGUUUGAUGUGGAAGCAGCUCAGAAAGGGAUUGUCUACAUUGAUGAAGUUGAUAAGAUAAUAAAGAAGGCUGAGGGCUUAAAUAUUGGCCGAGAUGUGUCUGGAGAGGGCGUCCAACAGGCAUUGCUGAAAAUGUUGGAAGGAACCGUAGUUAAUGUUCCUGAUAAAGGAGCUCGGAAGCAUCCUCGUGGUGAUAGUAUACAGAUGGAUACAAAGGAUAUCCUUUUCAUAUGUGGAGGGGCUUUUGUUGGUUUGGAGAAGACUAUUUCAGAAAGACACCAAGAUUCUUCCAUUGGAUUUGGAGCACCAGUUCGUGCAAACAUGAGGUCCAGUGGAUUGACCGACGCCAUAGUGACAUCAUCCUUGUUGGAAUCUGUAGAAAGUGGAGAUCUUAUUGCUUAUGGCCUGAUACCUGAAUUUGUUGGGCGCUUUCCUAUUUUAGUGAGUUUGUCAUCUUUAAACGAGGAUCAACUUGUUCAGGUCCUCACAGAACCUAAAAAUGCUCUUGGUAAACAGUACAAGAUGAUGUUUGACAUGAACAAUGUCAAAUUACAUUUUACUGACAAUGCACUGAGAUUGAUUGCAAGGAAGGCAAUGGCAAAGAACACCGGUGCUCGAGGUUUGAGAGCCAUAUUGGAGAAUAUUCUUACAGAAGCAAUGUUCGAGGUUCCAGACAUCAAGACAGAAACCAAUAGUAUACAUGCAGUUCUGGUUGAUGAAGAAGCUGUUGGGUCAGUGGAUGCUCCAGGACAAGGAGCAAAAAUUCUUAGUGGUGAAGGCAUAGUGGAGCAAUUUCUUCAUGAAACAAAGUCGAGAGAGCACAUGGGAAAGCAGGGGCCUGCUGAAGGCGAAUGUUCGCAAGAAGUUUUGGAGCUUCAAUCAAGAGCCUUUGGUUUAUGAUAUCUCUGUUGCAAUGUAUGAAAUAUAUGCGCAUAUAAAUAUAGUAGUUAGAAAAUGAACUCUUGGUAUGCCUUCCAACACAAGUGAGUAGCUAUUGUCUGCCUUGUGCCACCAAGACCAAUAAUACGAUGUACAGCUGUUUUAGAAUUGUGACUGGCUUUGGCACUCUAAAAGCAUAUUAUUGCGUUUCCGCAGAACUACAAA